AGCUUGCUAGACCUCAUCCUUUCAUUCGGCGCCAACAUUAAUAAAGGAUGUUUUGCCGUCAUUGUGGGAAAAAGUUGUUAGAGAACAAGCCACAUUUUUGCAGUAGUUGUGGCAAGAGACUCUGAGAAAGUCUUGAAACAACGUCUUUGGCUCAACCCACCGAUGGACCAACUUCAGUAUCCCAGAAUCCUCCUUCCAACCCAACCCCAAGAUUAAAAACCUUUCUGGAAUACCGGAAGAAAAAAGCAGAGGAAAGACAAAAUUUCUCCUUUGGUAAAAUGCGGGAAAAGAAAAAGGAAAAAAGGAAAGUGCAGCUGUUUACUAGGAUGUGAAGGAAGGAUUAUGGCUGCUCUGCUUUUGUCACGGUCGUGGGAUGAAAAGGACACAGGCGCAGAGUAGAGAUUCUGACAUCACCACUCAAAGUCUUCUUGAUCAGAGUGUGAAGAAAAUGAGGGACUUCAACCAAGACUUGGAUGAAGGAGCCUUCAUCCUUCUGUAUCCAGAUGGAUCUGAAGUCAUCAAUACCCCUGGGACACAAAGACCUUUUAUUUUAGAAGAAUAUAAGGCAGAUUUAGGCAAAGCAUAUCAAAGGAUCAUAUUUUUUAUCUGCCCAAAGAAGGACUUUGAAAAAGCAAUUUCAACCUCUGCAUGAAAGCAGUCCAAUGCAGAUGAAUACAGAGGAUAUUGGUCCAAGUACCUCUGGAUGUCAUGGAACGACGAGUACUUAUUACAGCAACUACACAGACCUGUAUGCACCUAUCGUCAUUGAUGACGAUGAUGACGAGGAUGAAGCUCUAACUGUCAAAGAAACAAAUGAGGCAUCUUCUAAAGAACCUAUGCAUACAAGUGCACCUGAAAUAAUUGCAAAUUUGGCGCUUCCCAUUGACCACAAGAAAGUCAGCAGAUUCAACGUGUCCAGAUCUAAUGUAUGGGAUGGUGCUGUCAGAGGUUUUCAGCGUUGCACAUACUCUAAGGAGAAUGACAUGUUUGUAAAGUUUACUGAUGAUGCUGGCUCCCCUGAAGAAGGCCUUGAUACUGGCGGACCAAGGUGGGAAUUCCUCACUCUUCUGAUGAAUGAUCUGAAGCAUCACACUAUCUUUGAUGGACCUCCAGAAAGCCGUUACCUGGUGUGCAACUCUACAGCUGUCAGGGAAAAUGAAUAUGUCCUGGCAGGAAAGCUCAUUGCUGUGUCUAUUGUACACGGGGGACCAGCACCACAUUUCCUGUCAAAGGACCUCGUUAACCACAUUGUAGGGAAUCGCAGUUUUGGUGCCACUGUGGAAGAUAUCACAGAUGAGCAGAUAGGGAGAGUUCUGCAUCAGCUCCAUGUUCCAGACUGCUGGAUGCUUCCUACAUGUGAAGAGUUCUGAGGAUAGGCAAACUGUUGUGGAGGAAUACCUCAGAUGGUAUAUUCUACACAGAAACCAGAGUGUUAUUCAAAGAUUCAAAGAAGGACUUGCAAGUCUACAGUUUUUGACCGCACUCCAGCAGCAUCCGUGUGUGUUGGCCCCACUCUUGUGCCACUCUCAGAAUAACCUGACAGCUGCUGACAUGGAAAGACUGUUUAGUCCACACCUCAGUCCAGCAGGAAGUAACAGUCAUCAGAAAGAAGGCAAAGCACUUGGAUUUUGGGCAAAUUUUCUUCUUGAUUGUGAAG